AUGAGUGACGUCAAAACAACUGAUGAAGCUUCUGUGAGACGUAACUCGUACACUGCUGUUGAGUUUACCCCUGAAGUGGAGAAACAAUGCUUGAAACAGCUUGAGUUUUACUUUUCUGAAUUCAAUUUGCCCUACGACAAAUUUCUGCGCACCACUGCUGAGAAAAAUGAAGGAUGGAUCCCCAUUUCCACCAUCGCUACGUUCAACAGAAUGAAGAAAUUUCGUCCGGUAGACAAAGUGGUCGAAACUUUGCGUAAUUCCACCGUGCUGGAAGUAAGCGAAGACGGUGAAAACGUCAAGAGACGUGUGCCGCUAGAUCUUCAACACGAUGCCAGACUCGAAAGAAGCAAAAGGAUGGUCACAGUGCAGAACUUUGACUUUUCGAAAGAUGGCCAAGACAAAUUGAGCGAGCAAGAGAAAACUGAACUCCAAGAAAACGUAGAAAGCUUUUUUGGCAAGCUUGGUUCCGUGAGUCAAGUCCGUUUGAAAAAAGACCAUCGUAAGAAUUUCAAUGGUACAGUCAUCGUGGAAUUCGCCAGCGAGAAAGAUGCCGAACAGUUUGUCGACACGUACGGCGCCGAUAAAGAAGUACUCUCCUAUGAAGGACGCAAGCUAGACGUCCUCUCUAAGAAGCAAUACGAUCAACAACGUGAAGCAACACGUAGUAAAAACUUCAGUGGAUCAGGCCAACGUUCCCGUUCUUUUACCGGUCACAGAAAGAACAUGCCUAAACAGAAGAGAUCAAGAGACGCCCCUAAGGCUGAGGGAGAACAGUCCGAAUCCACUCCCAAACAGGAUGAGGAACCAGUUGCUUCCGAGUCCGCUGUACAGUAA